AUGAGGAGGGGCUCCAAACCCAGCCCAGGGUGCGCUGAGGAGGAAAGACUCACCCUGAGCCAGGACGGUGGGCAUACCUUCAGCCAGAGCACUGAGCUGGUGGCCCAUGAGCAGCUUCCUGAUGGGGAGAAGCCCCACAAGUGCUUGGAGUGUGGGAAGAGCUUCAGGAAGAUCCUCACCCUGCUCUGCCACCAGAUGAUCCACACAGGGGAAUGGCCCUACACAUGUGGGGAAUGUGGGAAGGGCUUCAGCUACAGGUCAGAUCUCAUCAGGCACCAACGCAUCCACACUGGGGAGAGGCCCUACCAGUGCCCCACAUGUGGGAAGAGGUUUCUGACCAGCUCAAAUCUCCGCCUGCAUGAGCGGACUCACACAGAGGAGAGGCCCUUCCGCUGCCCUGAAUGUGGGAUGGGCUUCAAGCAAAAGUCCCACCUCAUCACCCACCGGCGCAUCCACACUGGGGAGAGGCCCUUCGAGUGUCCCCAGUGUGGGAAGAGCUUCACCCAGUGCUCUCACUUGACCAGACACCAACGGAGCCACCAGUAA